UCUCUCAUUGAGAAGAUGCAAGCAAAGGAAAUCUUGAGGAAUCUGCAGCUACUGGAAUUGGAUGAAAUCAGCCAGUUUUUUCACACAAUUCCUCCACCAACACUGCUAGGCAUUGCUUCAUUUGCAGCUAUUAUAGCAUACUGGCUAACCACCAGACCCAAAGCCUUAAAGCCACCCUGUGACCUUUCAAUGCAGUCAGUGGAAAUUGAGGGCACUGACCAAGCUCGUGGCUCUGUAUUAGGUGACAGCCUUCAGCUUAUGACACACUAUCACGAUGAUGCAAGGACAAUGUAUGAAGUAUACCAACGAGGAUUACACAUAACAGGGGAUGGCCCAUGCUUGGGAUUCCGAAAACCCAAACACCCCUAUCAGUGGCUCUCCUAUAAAGAGGUUGCAAACCGAGCUGAGAACUUGGGAUCUGGACUGCUCCAAAAAAACUGCAGGUCAUCUCCAGACCAGUUCAUUGGUGUUUUUGCACAGAACAGACCUGAGUGGAUUAUUGCUGAACUGGCAUGCUACACCUACUCCAUGGUAAUAGUGCCACUUUAUGACACACUUGGACCUGAAGCCAUCCGCUACAUAAUUAACACAGCUGAGAUUUCCACAGUUAUCUGUGAUAAGGUAGAAAAAGCCAAAGUUCUUUUGAAGAACGUGGAGAUGAAGGAGACUCCAGACUUGGAGAUAGUCAUCCUUAUGGAUCCAUUUGACAUGGACUUGGUUCAGAUGGGAAAUGACUGUGGAGUGCAAAUACUGGCACUCCGGGAAGUGGAGAACCUCGGACAAAUGAACAGGCGAACUCCAGUGCCUCCACGCCCUGAGGACCUAUCAAUUGUCUGUUUCACUAGUGGAACAACAGGAAAUCCUAAGGGCGCCAUGCUCACACACGGAAAUGUGGUAGCUGAUUUUUCAGGCUUUUUGAAAGUUACAGAGAAAGUGAUCUUUCCAAGACAGGAUGAUGUCCUUAUUUCCUUCUUGCCUCUGGCUCACAUGUUUGAGAGAGUUAUCCAGUCUGUCGUAAUAUGUCACGGAGGCCGGAUAGGUUUCUUCCAAGGUGAUAUUAGACUGCUGUCUGAUGAUAUGAAGGCCCUUCAUCCAACCAUUUUUCCUGUUGUUCCAAGACUGCUAAAUCGAAUGUAUGAUAAGAUAUUUAGCCAGGCAGGCACACCAGUAAAACGCUGGCUACUUGAAUUUGCAGCCAGAAGAAAGGCAACUGAAGUGCGAAAUGGCAUCAUACGGAACAACAGUCUGUGGGAUAAACUCUUUUUCAAAAAAAUACAGGAUAGCCUUGGAGGAAAGGUGAGAAUGAUUGUCACAGGUGCUGCCCCUGCCUCACCUGCUGUACUUGGCUUCCUAAGAGCAGCACUCGGUUGUCAGGUCUAUGAAGGUUAUGGACAGACUGAAUGUACAGCUGGAUGUACCUUUACCACACCUGGAGACUGGACAUCAGGACAUGUUGGAGCUCCAUUGCCUUGUAAUUAUCUCAAACUUAUCAAUGUAGAUGAAAUGAAGUAUUUUUCUGCUAAAGGAGAGGGAGAGAUCUGUGUGAAAGGACCAAAUGUGUUCAAAGGCUACCUCAAAGACACUGAGAAAACAGAUGAAGCACUGGACAAAGACAGUUGGUUGCAUACUGGGGAUAUUGGUAAAUGGUUACCUAAUGGCACUUUAAAAAUCAUAGACCGAAAGAAACACAUAUUCAAACUUGCUCAGGGAGAGUACAUUGCACCAGAGAAAAUUGAGAAUAUCUAUGUACGGAGUGAGCCUGUAGCCCAAGUGUAUGUCCAUGGAGAUAGUUUGCAGUCCUUCUUGGUGGGUAUUGUUGUACCUGAUCCUGAAGUCACAGAAGCCUGGGCAAGGAAAAAGGGAUUUGAACAUUCUUAUGCAGAACUAGCUAAAUCAGAGGCUUUUAAAAAAGCUCUUAUAGAAGACAUGGUAAAACUGGGAAAACAAGCUGGCCUUUAUUCAUUUGAACAGGUAAAAGCCAUCCAUCUCCACUAUGAAAUGUUCUCUGUCCAAAAUGGUCUGUUGACUCCAACACUUAAAGCGAAGAGGUCAGAAAUGCGAAAUUACUUCCGGAAACAAAUUGAAGACCUUUAUUCUAAUACUUCUAUAUGAAAAUAUU